AACUAGGGAGCUGAUUGAGACACAACCAGAGGUUUAGUUUGCAUUCAUAUUUCUUUCUGUUAAUUAUUCUCAUCUUAAACGCACAGAUAAACUCAACUGAGUUCCAUGAGACACUAUUAUAAAGAUGGCGUUUAUUAAAGAGGAGAGUGAAGACAUAAGGAUUGAAGAAAUAUUCAGUCUGAAACCUGAAGAUGCUGAGGAACAAACAAAGAUGGACAUAAGCCCACUGAAAGAGGAGAGUCAAGAACUGCAUGAAACGAAAGACAAAGAUCAAAAUGAGAAACAUCAUGAUUUCAAAACUGAAGACGUAUCAAUUAGAUACUCGCAGACUGAAAAGACUUCCUCACCAAAAAAAGCUGAAAAAACACAAAACCUUAAUUCACAAAUGAGAAUUCAUACUGGAGAGAGCUCUUUCACCUGCCAACAGUGUGGGAAGAGUUUCUCACGGAAAAGGACCCUUGAUGUCCACAUGAUCAUUCACACGGGAGAGAAACCUUUCACCUGCCAACAGUGUGGGAAGAGUUUCUCACGGAAAAGGACCCUUGAUGUCCACAUGAUCAUUCACACGGGAGAGAAACCUUUCACCUGCCAACAGUGUGGGAAGAGUUUCUCACGGAAAAGGACCCUUGAUGUCCACAUGAUCAUUCACACUGGAGAGAAACCUUUCACCUGCAAACUGUGUGGGAAGAGUUUCACGUAUAAAGUAAACCUUAAGACUCACUUAAGAAGUCACACUGGAGAGAAUUCAUUUGUAUGUGAUCAGUGUGGAAAGAGUUUCAAACAUAGUGCAAAUCUUAAUAACCACAUGAGAAUUCAUUCUGGAGAGAAACCUUACAUCUGCAAACAGUGUGGGAAGAGUUUCACACAAAAUGAAGGUCUUAACAAUCACAUGAUGAUUCACUCUGAAAAGAAGCCGUUAAUAUGCCCUCAGUGUGGAAAGAGUUUUACACGGAAACAAAACCUUGAUGUCCACAUGAUCAUUCACACUGGAGAGAAGCCUUUCACCUGCAAAAUGUGUGGGAAGACUUUCACGUAUAAAGGAAACCUUAAGACUCACAUAAGAAGUCACACUGGAGAGAAUCCAUUCACAUGCCGUCAGUGUGGAAAGAGAUUCAGACAUAGUGUAAACCUUAAUAAUCACAUGAAGAUUCACUCAAGAGAGAAGAGUUUUAAAUGUCAUCAGUGCGAAAGGAGUUUCACAGACACGAAUCACCUUCAGGAUCAUGUUAAAAUUCACAUCGGAGAAAAGCCUCUCAUGUGCCAUCACUGUGGAAAGAGUUGCUCAAGAGAAGAUGGCCUCAAGGUUCACUUGAGAAUUCACACUGGAGAGAAACCUUUCACCUGUGAACAGUGUGGAAUGAGUUUCAGGGUUAAAGAAUACCUUCAGAUUCACAAGAGGAUUCACACUGGAGAGAAACCUUACAAGUGUCCUCAGUGUGAGAAGAGUUUCACAUUUCAAAGCAGCAUGAAACGUCAUUUGAAAACUCAUUCUGGGAAGAAAUAGCCGUUUUCUUCAGUGUGGCGAGGUUUA